AUGUCACAAAAGAAACUUAUUUCAGUUAUUGCUACUCGUUCACAAGGUGGUUCAGUCAUCAAGUCAUUAUUAAAUGCAGGUAAUUUUAAAGUUCGUGCCCUUUUAAGAAAUCCAGACUCUGAACAAUCAAAAGAGUUAGGUUCUCUUGGUGCUGAAAUUGUAAAGUGUGAUAUUGGUACCGACUCAAAAGAAGCCAUUGAAAAAGCUAUUGCUGGCAGUGAUGGUCUUUAUUUAGUUACAGUAUUCUGGAACUAUAUGGGCAAAGAAUCUGAAGUUGGUAAAAAAGCAGUCGAUGCAGCUUUAGCAGCCAAAAUUGGUCAUCUUGUUUUUAGUAGUCUUGCCCCAGCUAACAAAAUCUCUGGAGGACGUUACCACGUCCCACAUUUUGAUGAAAAGAAUGCUGUCGAAGAGUAUGCUAGAGAACUUUCAAAGAAACACCCAGAGUUUAAAUCAUCAUUUGUCUAUGCUCCAUUCUAUAUGCAAAACUUUAAUACCUUUUUCAAAGUUCAAAAAGGUGCUGAUAAUGAAUACUCUUUAUCACUCCCAGUCGAUCCAAGUUCCAAAUUCCCAUUAGAUAUGGCCGAUAUUGAUGAUAUUGGUCCAAUUGUAAAAGGUAUUUUCUCUAAUCCAACCAAAUAUGCUGGAUUAAGUGUUCCAUUUUCUGGCUCAGCUCUUACUGGUGAUGAAAUUGCCCAAGCUAUUUCCAAAAAUUCUGGCAAACCAGUUAAAUUCAACUAUGUCCCAACUGAUAUUUUUGCUAAAGCCCCAUUCCCAGGUGCCUCUGAAAUGGCUGAAAUGUUUGCUUAUUACAACGAAUUUGGUGCCUUUGACAAGUUAAACAAAGAUUUAGGUAAAGAAUUAACAACUUUAACCACAUUUGACCAAUUUUUACAAAAAAACCCAAUUCAAUUCAAUUAA